CUAAGCUGUCAAGUCGCUUCUUUCGCUGCACGAUAAAUGCCGAAGCCACAAUGCUUUCAAUUCGUCCGGACCUGCAUACAUACCAGCUUCAGCUUCUCCUGCCACCCUUACUGCAGCUGACAUGAAACCUUUUCGUCGCGUAUCUUCCCUAAUCACAACCGUACUUGGUAUACAGCGAACUUCUGCGCAACAGCCCUCUUCUUCUAGCAACGCGACGUUAAAUCCUCUCCAAGGUGUACAGCAACUUCUCAUAUCAUCCUACGCCAGCAACAUGACGCGUCUUGCACCUGUGAUCUCCGUCUCCCACGGAGGAGGCCCCAUGCCGCUUCUCGGCGAUCCAUCGCAUACAGCCAUUACAAACUCGCUCAAGACGCGGGUGCCCAAAAUCCUCAAGCUAGGCACGCCAGACGCACCCAAAGCAAUCGUCCUAGUCACAGCCCAUUGGUCCACAACAAAGGUCACCAUAUCCAGCGGCCCCAAACACGAGUUGCUGUAUGACUACUACGGAUUCCCACCUGAAUCCUACCAGAUCAAACACGAUGCGCCUGGGAGUCCAGAGGUGGCAGAUCAAGUCGCCAAGGCGCUCAGUGAAGCGGGUAUCGAAUGCGAAAAGGAUUCCAAGCGACCAUGGGACCACGGCGUCUUCGUCCCAAUGAAACUCAUUGACCCCUCCGCCUCAACCCCCAUAGUCCAACUCUCAGUCCUCUCCUCCGAGUCGGCCGCACAAUCCUACGCAAUUGGCCGCGCCCUGUCCACUCUCCGCAGCCAAAACAUUGCCAUUGUCGGUUCAGGCUUCGCUACCUUUCACAACUUGCGCUUGUUCGGUCAGCUCGCCAAUCCAUCGCUCCAGGCGCAGACUGCAGAGUGGAGUAAACACGUCACGGAUGCUGCUAUGACGGAUGACGAUGCGAAGAGGGAGGAGAAGUUUCUUCAGUGGAGAAAGUGGCCGCAUGCGUAUACUACGCACCCGAAUGGCGGGGCUGAGCACUUUCUACCGCUAAUUGUUUGUGCGGGAGCCGCGGGCACGACGCCGGGAAAGAGCUAUGCUGACGCGCUGUAUGGGACGGAUAUGUGGAGUUAUCACUGGGACGAGGAGUGAUUUCGUCAUGACCCGAAACAUUGAGGAUAUUCGACUAUAUAAAAAUCUUACUUUCAAACCCAAACGCAAAAAGAAAAAGGAUCCAAUACAUCCCUUUCCAAACCAAGUCCUUCCACCUGGAAACUCUUUUCUUUCCCCAA